AUGAAAGGAGGCGGGUGGAGCAAAGGGACGCGCGGAGUGCGAGGAAUGGAUCAGCAGCACCAGUAUCAGCAACCCGUGGCGGCAGGACGAGCAGCGUACGAAUCAAUGGACAUGCCAAACAUGGGAAUGGAGAGUCGCGAUUACGGGCAGGAGGCAGCAGCGUGGGCGGAUGAGAACGGAAACGAGGAGUACGGACCGGUCGGAGUGAAAAAGAGUCGAGUUUCAUCCAACAUGGGGAGCUCCACGUGGGAGAUGAACCGGCAGGAGGUGAAACGUAGUCGUACGGGCGAGGAAACGCCGUACGACGGUCAAGGCCGCUCCGCGAUUCCGGAUUUGCAGAGUCGAUCGAAGCCAGUGGCGGGGGCGAAGCGAGAGAGCGGCUUUUACGAGAGCGGCGCGUGGAGCAACGGCGUGCUGGGCGACAGGAACCCUAACUUCGCGAACGUCGCGAACGUCGCGAGCGUCGGUAACAGUCGCCAAGUGGAGGUUAACGACGUGGACGAGGAGGAAGAGGAGGAGGCAGACGAAGACGACGAUCUUGCAGCCGAGCCGUUCUUAGAUCAUUCCUUAGAGUUCGCGCCUAACGUCCUGUCGUCUAUGGUCAAAGGCGACGCGGGAGACGCUAACGACGAUCGCGCAAAUCUCGGCGGAAUUGACGACUGGGAGCAGGAGGAGCGGGAACGUGCGCGGGAGCGGGAACUUGCGCGUGAGCGGGAGCGGGACGAGGAGGAAGAGGAGGAGGCGGACGAGGCGGUGUUGAGAGCGGUGGGGGGACCUGGUCCGCAUCGCGACAGCUACUGCCCGAGAGACAGUCAACGCUACAGUCAACGCUGUAGUCAACGGGACAGUCAACGGGACAGUGGACGAGACAGCCAGAGCUACAGCCGCAGCAACGGUGUCAGCUACAACCGAAGCAACGAUCCUAGCAACAGCCGGAGCUACAGCCACGGGCAGCGGCAGGGCGGCGACAGCCUUGCGAGCCGCGGCGACGCCAGCACGACCCCCAGCGCGCCGCCCGUUUCCGCCAUGAGCGGCGGCCCGCCCGCGCGUGCCGCGCCCGGCGCGCCCACCCGCGCGGCGCCGCAGCCGCAGCGGCCAGAGGCGGGCGGAAGCAGGGAGCGGGAGAGCGCGGAGUCGCUGGGGGUGAGCAGCGGAAGGUGGAGCGGCGGGGGGCGGUCCGCGAUAGGGCUGGGGCGGGAAAGCGCGCUGCGGCUGAGCACCGUGCGGGAGGAAUCGGGCGCAACGACGGACUCGCCGUCGCAGGCGUCGCAGAGGACGGAGCGUGCGGGGGCAGACACACCGCUGUCUCCCCACACCCCCACGGCACCCCAACGAACCACGGGGCACUUUCAUCCGCCUGCAAUCGAGCCCAUCCAACUCGCCAGUGCUGAAGAGAGGUGGAGUGCGACAGUAGCAUACGAUGCAUGUGUGCGCAUGUGCAUGGACGAGGCAUCCAAGGGGGCAUCGCCCCACGCGCACUUCUUCCUGCAGGACGAUGCCUGCGCCUCUCUGCGCACGUUCUUUGGCGCUCAGGGCGGUACACCAGGUUCUCCACCACGACCUAUGCAGGGGCGAGUAGGGGAUGGACCUGCAGGAGCCGGCGCUUGUUUCGUCGGGGGGUUUCUUUCCGUAGCGGCGCCGACGUCCCGUCACUCGUUCCGUUACUCAGGCCCGCGACCCCCUCCUUCUGGGCAGACGCAGCCGGAGAGUGGGAGUGGGGAGGAGGAUGAGGAGGAGGAGGGUGAGGGCGAGGAGGAUGAGGAGGAUGAGGGGAGCGAGGAUGACAGUGAGGCCGGGUGGGAUCCCGAGACGCAUGGCGGUGGGAAAGGGGGGGAUGAUGAGGAGGACCAUGAGAUGGAUGGGUUGGAGCCAGAGGAGGUGGAGGAGGGGGUGGGAGAGGGUGGUGGAGGGGCGGCGACAGAGGCGGCCUCACAGCAUGUGGCUGAAGGAGGAGGGAGCGUGGGGGUUAAGGUGGGGAUAAAGCGGGCAUCCAUUAGGAUGCCGAAGCGGAGGAAGAGGGCGAGCAAGUUGAGGGAGCGAGCAUAUCCCUGCACAUUCACUGGGAAGCCCUUGGGCGAGGGUGUGGUCGCUCCGGAGUUCCUAGACGAGGACGGAGGGUCCGAGAGUAGUAAGGGGACUGGCAAGGGUAAUAAGAAUCUGGGGUGGCAAGUACAGAUGUUCGGGCCUAAAGGUGCAGACGAGAAGCGUCAGUGCAAGAUUUGCACUGACAGGAUUUCGUGGAAGCAAUCCACAACAACACCCGGCGAGCGGCACUUCGAGAGCUACCACACAGCGCACAUGCACGUGUGGCAUCACCGUUACCACACUCCGUCCGUUCACUUGCCUGGAGAGACGUUUCCUCGUGGGGGCUACAAGGGUGUGCCGGAUGGCUACGUCGAUGGGUGGCCGCAUGCCAAGUCUUGGCCGCAUCUCGCCAAGAAGAAAGGGACGGCGUCUGGUGGAGCUCGGGGGUCAUGCGGGAUGGAGCGGUUCAUGACAACCAAGCUGUCCACGGAGGAGCUACGGCAGGCGAUUGCCAAGCUGGUGGUCACCUGCGACCUCCCCUUCCGCAUCGUCGAGUCCGAGGCCAAGAACUUCAUCCCCUCGCGGUGGACGGUAUCCCGCGACACUGUGGUCUAUGCAACAGCAGCUCUCCAGUCCGCCAUUGCGGAGAUGCUGGCGAAGGAGGGGGAGUUGGGGUGCAAGGUGUCGAUCACCAUCGACAUGUGGACGGCACCCAACAACAAGGCAUGGCUAGUGGUGACUGGUCACUGGAUAGACGAGAACUUCCAGCUGCGCACAAUGGUGCUUGAGUUCCGUGAGAUGCUCGGGCGGCAUGGGGGGAGGGAGAUGGCGCAGGUGGUUGAGGAGACGAUUGUGCAGUGGGGGUUGGAGGGGCGUUGUCUUGGUUUCACGACAGACAACGCCUCUAGCAACAUUGCCGCCUUCAGGCGGAUGUCGGAGGAGGGUGGUGGUCAGUGCUUCUUCAACUCGCGCAUGCACUUCCGGUGCUUGGCACACGUGAUAAACCUUGCAGUGCAGGCAGCACUGGCUGUGGAUUCCAUACGGAAGUUGCUGAAGAUACUGAGAGAGAUGGCGUCGUGGAUUGGCUUCUCUCCACAGCGCUCGGGGUCUUUCUUGGGCCUACAGCGGACCUUGAACUCGCAGGCCAACCCCGCCACGCCGAAGCCGGCGUUGAAGCUGGUGCAGGACAGUCCUACGCGCUGGGGGUCGACCCACGACAUGGUCGAGCGUGCGGGUGUUCUGCAGAACCCCAUCACUGUCUUAUUCGCCCAGACACAGGGCUUGUCGAAGACCGACAAGAAGAAGGUGGAGAGUUUGCGCCUGACAGACGCAGACUGGGAGACCCUGCAGGCGGUGAAGACAUUCCUAAGCCCCUUCGCCAAGGUCUCCAAGGCAGCAGAGGGGGCGGCGUACCCGACUGUGUCGAUGGUGGUGCCGUACUACAACGGCCUGAUCGACGCCAUGGAGUCGCGCCUUGCCAAGGGGCCAUCUCCGACGCUGCAGCCGAUGAUCGUGGCGGCGCUGAGCCACAUGAAGAAGUACGCGUACAUCACCAGCAACGAGUACUGGAUCGCCACCUUCUUGGACCCAUCCAUGAAGGCGGCGUGGUUCGACGACGCGCACUGGGAGAAGCUGCAUCCCGAGACCGACAGGAGGGUGAGGCCGCGUCCGGCAUCUGGCGAGGUGAUCAAGCUGGUGCGCGACCGCGUGGCCGAGUACCAGGCCCGGGCUGCAGAGCUUGCUCCACGGCCGACCCCACUUGCCCCCGUUGCGGAGGAGGAGGAGGGAGACGAGGAGGAGGACGACGAUGACGCGCAGUUUCUCCCUAGUCGCCGACGACUUGCGGCGCGUCUGUCGGCGAGCCAGGAUGCGGGGGCGGGUGGGAUGGUGCAGGACGACGAGGUUAGCAGGUACUUGUCCGAGAGGGUGCGGUGCGACGUGACAGCGCUGGAGUACUGGCGCAGUGCCACCAACAUGCAGACGCUGAGGCGCAUGGCCCGGGAUUAUCUCGCCAUCCCUGCCACGUCCGCUUCGAGUGAGCGGGUGUUCUCCCUUGGUCGCAACCUCAUUUCCUGGAAGCGGCACCGCCUGGCCUCUCAGAGGACGCGAGCUGUCAUGAUUCUCAGAUCAUGGUACAGUUCACACCCUGGCCAGAGGAUAGGCGAGGGCCGCCGACCGAGAGGCGUCGCACCACCAGAGUUCGCCAUUGAGGGCGAGGGGGCAGAGGAGGAUGACGAGGAGGAGGAGGAGGAGGGUGUGGAGGCUGACGACACAGCUGGUGGAGAGGAUGCUGUUGUUGGCGCCACUCCCCCUCUUCCUGUCCCUCCCUUCCCUUUUCUCCAAUGCUCAUGCCGGUGCGUGUUCGAUGCACAGACUGGUGCUUUGGCCGCUUCCCAUUUUCGCACCAUCUCCCCUUCCCUUCCCUUUUCUCCAAUGCUCAUGCCUACUGGUGCUUUGGCCGCUUCCCAUUUUCGCACCAUCUCCCCUUCCCUUCCCUUCCCUUCCCUUCCCUCUCUUCAACUGCUCAAAUCGCACGCAGCAGACGGCAUCACUAUUGGACGCAUCUCCAUCACCACUUACCCCGCCAUCUCCAUCACCACUUACCCCGCCAUCUCCAUCACCACUUACCCCGCCAUCUCCCCCCCUUCCUUCCCUUCCCCCAACCCCGCCCCCUUCAGCCUCCAGCCCCUCAUGCUGGUGCCUGUGAGUGCUCGAAACGCAGCAGACGCCAGUGACAGGCAGGGGGGAGGAGGAGGAGCGACAGGGGGAGGAGGGGGAGGGAGAGGAGCGGGAGGAGCAGGAGCGGGGGUUGCGAGGGGUGGGGAUGAGAGCUCGUCCCCUCUACAUGGGUUCUCCAGCUCUCCGCUCUCCCCGUAUGGCCACUCGUCGGCUCGAAAGAAGAACCGCGGCAUCGGCACCCUCAAGCUGCAAGGUGUGGCUCUGACAGUGAGAGAGAUAGGGAUGGGAGAGAUGAGAGCUCAUCCCCCCCUCUACAUGGGUUCUCCAGCUCUCCUUCUCUCCCCGUACGGCCACUUGUCGGCUCGAAAGAAGAACCGCGGCAUCGGCACGCUGAGGCUGCAAGGUGGGCUGCACUCACACUCGCACUGUGCUCCUUAUGGAGUCGGUAAGAAAGUGUUGCCUUCACUCUCGCUGGCCCUUGAUCGUCCGUUUCUCCUCAAUCUCCCCCAUGCCCUUUUCAAUCAAUCAUCCCCCAAUCUCCCCUCCAUCUCCUCCCAUUUCUCCACCAAUCCCCCAGUGCGCAAGGUGCGCAUGACAAGCAAGGGGGACGAGGGGAGAGGGGGGGACGGGGGGCAGGGGGAAGGCGAGAAACAGGGGAACGCGGGGGGAGCAGCAGGGGGAACAGGCGGAGCAGGGGGAGCAGGGGGAGCAGGGGGAGCGGUGAGCAGCAUGAUGCGGCAGAUCAAAGGGGGCAUGGCGAACCUCAGGGGGCUGGCUGCUGAAGCUACCACUGCUGCGCCAGGUGAGUGUGAUAUGGGCCAGGCGGGGCAGGGGAAGCAAGGGGGGCAGGAGGGGCAGGGGGAGCAGGACGGGAAGGGAGGGCAGGGGGAGCAGGCGGGGCAGGGAAGGCAGGGGGAGCAGGCGGGGCAGGGAAGGUUGGGGCUGAUCACAUAA